GCGACGCUGCUUGCUGCCGGGGAAACCGUGUACUGACGGCGUACGGAAUUGUGCCGGUGGACUGGAAACUCCCGCCAUUUCGACAAGGAAUUAACCUCUUGAUUGAUCCAGGUUACUUUUUCGUAAUACUUCUUGACGCUGUUAACUGACAACAAGAAGCGCCAACAGCGUGAACAUGCUGCGAGUGCAACUGAAUGAACGAAAGCAGGCCUAGUUUUCAAAGACUUGGGAUUGUACAGCGCGCGCUAGACCUCCCGCUGAACUGAGCUUUGGCUGUUGCCGCGAGUUUGAUUUCGGUGUGGUUUCCAUCCUUUCAUGUUCAUCUGGAGGAGCUAAAAGUUUCCCAACUAUACCGAGAGACAAGUCCAGCAAGCUGUUUUAGUUCCAGGACAUUGCGUAAAACCAACAUGACACCGCUACGAGAGGAGAGAAGAAGGAUGCGAUGAGGCGGCUGCCAAGAAGUGCACUGUUAUUGUUUUGCAACGAGAUAGCAAUCCAGCAUACUAGCUAGUCAGCUAGCUGCUACACGUUGAGUGCCGGGCCUGCCGGCGGUAACGUCAGACGUGCUAAGAUAUUUCGGGACACUUGGAUACAUGCUAAGGAUAUAUUGUUGUAUAUUGUUGUACUGAUCUGUCGCUAGAGGGUUGAUUUUUGUACCGUUGGCACUCGUGCCAUCUGUGGAUUUGAAAUGGCACCGCUUUUAGGCCGGAAACCGUACCCACUGGCUAAGCCGCUAGCCGAACCACCAGGCCCGGGAGAGGAGGUGUACAUCAUCGAGCACACCAAGGAGGCCUUCAGGAACAAAGAAGAAUACGAGGCGCGCUUGUUGAGGUAUGGGGAGCGCAUCUGGACUUGCAAGAGCACUGGAAGCAGCCAACUCACACACAAAGAAGCAUGGGAGGAGGAACAAGAAGUCACCGAACUGCUUCAGGAGGAGUAUCCCCAGUGGUUUGAGAAACCAAUUCUGGAGAUGGUCCAUCACAACACCGUGUCUUUAGACAAACUGGUUGAGAUGUCCUGGGUUGAAAUCCUCACAAAGUAUGCUGUGGGUGAAGAGUGCGAUUUCCUGGUGGGAAAGGAUAAAAGUUUGCAAGUGAAGGUGGUGAAGAUCCACCCGCUAGAGAAUCCGGAGGGUGAGACAGCGGAGAAGAAGCUCGAAGGUGCCUGUGACUCUCCAUCCAGCGACAAGGAGAACGCAAGUCAGGAAAACCAGAGGAAGGAACCUCCCCCCCGAGAAGAGGAGAACAGGAGGGAGAGCCUCAGUGACAGAGCACGCCGCUCACCAAGGAAACUCCCCACUGCCAUGAAAGAAGAGAAGAAGAAGUGGGUGAUGCCCAAAUUCCUUCCUCAUAAGUACGACGUGAAGCUCAUAAAUGAGGAUAAGGUAAUCAGUGACGUCCCUGCAGACAGUCUUUACAGAACGGAGCGCCCCCCAACCAAAGAGAUCAUGCGCUACUUCAUUAGGCACAACGCACUGAGGCUCGGCAUGGGAGAGAGUGCUCCCUGGGUGGUUGAAGAUGAACUGGUGAAAAAGUUUAACCUUCCCAGCAAAUUCAGUGACUUUCUUCUUGAUCCUCACAAGUUUUUAGCAGAGAAUCCCUCCACAAAGCGUAAGAGCUUGACAUCUCCAGAGGGUAGACCCAGCAAGAAGCUCAAGUCUCCUGACACGCCAGGAGAGGAUUCAGGAAAUGAGAAGGGCGAGAAGAAAAGGAAAAGAAAAAAGGACUCUUUAGGCAUGCCCCUUAGUCCAACUAUUUGGGGCCACAUGCAGAAAAUAACAAUGAAUGGCUCCCCACUCAAGGUAAAGAACUCUGGAACUCCAAAGAAAGGUGAAGGCUCGACUCCCUCCACACCAAAAUCUAGCAGGAAGUCGGGGGACAAGAAAGAAGGGAAGAGAGGUAGAAAGAGUGGUGACAAGAAACUCAAUGUACUUAAAGCUUCUAAAAAUGAUGGUAAAGCUGGUACAAAGACACCAAAGAUGAAGCAGAUGACUCUGCUGCAUCUGGCUAAGAGCACCCCUGCUGGGAGCCCGAAAAAGAGGGCCCGUAGUACAGGCAUGGGUACGCCUAAACUGGGAAAGGCACUACACCCGAUGGCUCUCCACCUCCUUCGUUACUAUAAGGAGAACAAGGGCAAAGAGGACAAAAAGAACUCUCUUUCCUGCCUCAUCUCCAAGGCUGCAAAGACCUUGUCCCCAGAUGAUCGGGGCCGGCUGCCAGAGGAGCUCAAGGAUCUGGUGCAGAAACGCUGGGAGCUGCUGGAGCAAAAGAAGCGAUGGAAGGCCAUGAGUGAAGAAGAAAGGCAGGAAGAGAUGAAGAAAAAGCGUGAGGAGAUCAGAGAGAAACUGCGUGAAAAGGCCAAGGAGAGGCGUGAGAAGGAGAUGCUCGUACGCCGCGAACAGUCUCGCAGAUACGAGGACCAGGAGAUCGAAGGCAAGAACCUGCCGGCAUUCAAGCUCGUUGACAUGCCAGAGGGGCUGCCUAAUGCCUUGUUUGGCGAUGUGGCUAUGGUUGUGGACUUCCUUCAUUGCUACGCAGGGCUGCUGAUGCCGGAUGACCAGUAUCCCAUCACAGCAGUGGCUCUGAUGGAAGCACUUUCAGGGGAACGGUCUGGCUUCCUCUACCUGAACCGAGUGCUGGUGGUGCUCCUUCAGACGCUGCUGCAGGAUGAGCUGGCAGAAGGCUACAGCGAGCUUGAUAUGCCCUUAUCCGAGAUCCCCCUCACCAUGCACUCUGCAUCGGAGCUGGCCCGCUUGUGCUUGAGACCGUGUGACGCUCACAGUGAGGAGAGCGGCCAGGGCUCAGACGACACAGGGGGUUUUGGGGGCUUUGAUGAUGUGGUGACCAGCGAGUUCUUGGAGAAGCUCGAGACAAUCGAGGUGUUUGAGCUGAGCCCUCAGGAGAAAGUGAAUCUGCUAGUGGCCCUGUGUCACCGCAUACUCAUGACAUACUCGGUCGAAGACCAUGUUGAUGCAAAGCAGCAACGGUCAGCAGAGCUGUGGAAGGAGCGCCUGGCAAUGCUGAAAGAGGUCAAUGACCGUAAGAAGGCUGAGAAGAAGAAGCAGAAGGAGAUGGAAGGUGAGAAAAAGAAAGAAGGCGGCUCUAAGAAGGAGAGCAAAAAAGAAUUAAAGGUGGAGCCAAAGGUGGAGCCGGAGCCGGAGCCUGAGGACAUGAUCAGCACCGUGAAGAGCCGGCGGCUGAUGUCCAUGCAGGCCAAGAAGGAGAAGGAGGAGAUGGACAGACAGAACAAAGAGCGCAUGGAGAAGGAGGCUGAAGAGGAGCGGCUACGCAGACAGAGGGCUGCAACAGAAAAGGCCUUUCAGGAUGGUAUCACCAAAGCCAGAAAUGUCAUGCGCCGGACGCCACUGGGUACAGACAGAAAUCAUAACAGAUACUGGCUUUUCUCUGACGUUGUUCCUGGUCUGUAUAUCGAGAAAGGAUGGGUUAAUGAUAGUAUAGACUACAACUUCACCCCUCCACCCGAAGAAAAACCAGCAGAGCCUGAGGUCGAAGAGGAAGAGGAUGGUGGGUUGGCUGCAACUAAUGAUUCACAAGGAGUCGAGAAGGACGACAGCAGCAUAGAUGGUGCUAUAAGUGAGGGAGCCCAGCAGGGAGCAGCAUUCGACAUCUGUAUUGAGACGACUGUUCCCAAGCAGGGACAGAACCUCUGGUUUGUAUGUGACAACCCAGCUGAGCUGGAUGAACUUGUGGAAAGUCUUCAUCCUCAGGGUGUCAGAGAGAGUGAACUGAAGGUGAAGAUACAAAACAAAUACCAGGAAAUCCUUCACUCCAUCCAUAUGACCCGUAAGGCCAAAAUGGGCCUCAGGACCUGCGACGGCUACGCUGAGCUGCUCAAGUACCUGCGCAGUGACAUCCAGGAGGUGGCCUCACGACUGCAGAAGGGAGGUCUCGGUUACCUGGAUGACAAUGUAGACAUCGAAGAGCAGAUGAAAGACAUGACAGACUUGAAAGACUUUGGCGAAUGCAUCAUCACCAUUCAGGCCUGUGUAAUCAAAAAGUUCCUGCAGGGAUUCAUGGCCCCCAAACAGAAAAAGAAGAAAAAGCACGUAGGGGAGGAGAGCAGUAAGGCUGAAGAGGUGGAUGAGGAGAAGAGACUGGCGGAAGAGGCUCGGGUAGCAACAGCGGUAGAGAAGUGGAAAACUGCUAUCCGAGAGGCCCAGACGUUUUCCCGCAUGCACGUCCUGCUGGGAAUGUUGGACGCCUGCAUAAAGUGGGACAUGUCUGCCGAGAACGCUCGCUGCAAAGUCUGUCGCAGGAAAGUUUGGUGGUCUCCUGCUCCUUCUCUAGUGCUCAGGCAGAAACCGUCUGUGCUGAAACUGAUGGAGUCUAAGCCCAGAUCCAAACAGGGCAACAGCAGCCAGCUCAGAGCAGAACAGACUAGAACUGUCAGGCAGGUCUACGUAAAGAGUCAGCGUCCCUGCAGGCUAACAGGCGACGAUGAGAAACUCAUCCUUUGUGAUGAGUGCAACAAGGCCUUCCACCUGUUCUGUCUGCGACCGGCACUGUACCGCAUUCCUGUCGGAGAGUGGCGGUGCCCGGCCUGCCAGCCCACUGUGGCCAGACGUGGCUCCCGCUCAAGAAACUACAACCAGGACACAGAUGAAGAAGAGGACGAGGACGAGUCUGAAGAGGAGGACUCUGAGGAGGAUGAAGAGGAUGAGGAAGAGAAUGACUACAAAGCCAUGGGGCACAGCUUGAGACCAAGGAAGAAAAACAAGCAGUCCUCAUCUCGACAGAAAAACUCCAAAAGUAAAUCCAAGAAACAGUCUUCUAGUAGUCAGAGCAGCAAACAGAAGACUGGCCCCAACAGCCCCGCAGACAUCGAUGAAUUGGUGCGACAGAGUUCCCAGUCUGGAGUGCGCAGACAGGCGCUGGAGCUGGAGAGGUGUGAGGAGAUCCUCAAGAAACUGACCAAAUUCCGAUACAGCUGGCCCUUCAGGGAGCCUGUGUCCCCGGAGGAGGCUGAAGAUUACCUGGACAUCAUCUCCCAGCCAAUGGAUUUCCAGACGAUGCUGGGGAAGUUCAGUCAGGCUUCGUAUCGUCACGCCCAGGACUUCCUGGAAGACAUGAAACUGGUCUUCUCCAACGCAGAGGAGUACAACCAGCAGGGCAGCACCGUGCUCUCCUGCAUGGUCAAGACGGAGCAGUCGUUCACUGAGCUGCUCCAGAAGCUUCUGCCCGGCCUCAGCUACCUCCGCCGGCGGUCGCGCAAACGCGUCAGCCAGACCCCCGCUACAUCCGAGGAGGAGGAGGAAGAAGAGGAAGAGGAGGAGGAUGAUGAUGAUGAAGAGCAGGAAGAGGAACUGAAGAAGAAGAUGCAGAAUGGCAAAUCGAACAGGAAGAAGGCCAGUAACAGUCGGGGAAGGAGGGACGAGGAGAGCGAGAGUGAGGAGGAGGAUGACGAAAAUCAGGAAGAGGAGGAGGAGGAGGAUGACGACGAUGAUGACGAUGAUGAUGGCAGGAGGAGGAGUAAGCGGACCUCUGCCACCUCAGGCAAGAAGGAUUACAGGGAGCAGGAUAGCGACGGCGAGCGGGACACACGGAGGACUCGUCAGCGGCGUAGGCGGGACAACGCCGCGGAGGCAAGCAGCGACGAGGAGCGGUCCAGCCAGCAGCGACAUUCCAAGAGACAGAAGCGCUCGUGAAGUUCAGGGUGAUUUUUGUUUCUCCUUUUUUUUUUUUUGUGGUAUCUCUUUGCUUUAAAAUUUCUUUCUUGCUCUUCUAAAAAAAACGAUCAAGAGCGCUCCUCCUCCUCCUACAACCAGCGGGGGACUUAAACCUCAGAAGGACUUUUUUGUGUUAUUAAAAUUUUUGUUCAUAUUUUGAAAAAAGAAAACUGAUUUAUAUUUGUAACAUGUUUGAUAUUGGUGAUGCUUUUUAUUUUUUUCCAAACCAAGAAAAAACAAGACAUUUGAGAUAAUGAAGAGGUCCUUGUAGCUCUUAAGACUUUCAGUUUUUUCAGUUCCAAAGUUGACAACCUGACAAAUGUUGUCCUAUGAACUGCUGGGUUUUUUUUUGUUUUUUUUUUUAAACAUUUGCGCUCCCCAAACACCAGUUCAGUGUAAUCAGAGGUCUGUCGUCACACGUAGUCCAGCCAUCACGUUGCUGGGGGUGUUUUUUCAGGAUUAGUAAAUCCAGCUGUAAUACCUUUGUCCCAUUCACAUCUCUGUCACAAGCCAUUGUGGUCUCAUUGACAUAAAGUACUUCUUGUUGAGGAGAUGCUGUCCAUGUAGCUAGGAAUCCCCUUCUUUGCUUAAAAAACUGUGCUGUUCACCUGUAAAUCUCUCUUUACGAAGCAUCUUGACACCAAGAUUAUCUUUGGUCAAAUGCAAGUCUAUAGAUAAACAUGAUAGGAUUUUACUAGUUGUAGUAUUAUUUUUGCGUGUGUUUUUCCAGCCCAGGCUCAGAUUUAUUGUCUGGGUUGAGACUGCAGAUCACACAUGUAGUCUCCUCACUUCAGUGCAAAAACACAACUUUCACCUCAGCUCUUGGUGCCAAGGUGUUUUCAAAACCAGCGGCCCGACCUGGCGUCUUGUUCUUGGCGGCGUAGAGCUGAGCAGCCUUUCCUCCUCCUGUAGUGCCCUGCCACUUUAAAAGAACCGGUACCUCAAUGCUCCGUCAGUUUGCACACCUCCGCCUGUGUAAAGUGCACCUAAUAUGCCAGCAGCUGCAGGACCAUACUUUAUGAAAUUAUGCGCAUAAACAUUUGUAAACAGUGUUUAAAAACAACAAAUGUGACGUUUGUUAAGAAAAAAAUGGGCAUUUUUGAAUAUUUGAUAUUUUUUGCACAUUUUAUUUGGUAUUGUAAAUGAUAACUUGUUCGGUCGAUCUUAAUCAAAUCCAAUAAAUUGCAAAGGUUUAAAACCAGGGCUCUCCUAGUUGAUGCAGAGAACAUGUCAGAGUCAGUUUUACCGUUGUUUUUUUUUCGUUUUUUUUUGUGUCACAGCAGUUUUAGUAGAAUCAAUGACGCACACGGCUCCUCAGAGGCUUGAGAAGAUCUCCCUGCUUGUCCUGGUUCAGUCACCAGGUGGUGCUCUACUUCUGUGCUCUGAAUACUUUUGCCCUGGCGCUGUUCGCUGGUCUGGUGCAACACCUGACUCCCGACAGAGGGAAGCGUCACAGUGCUGAAGGGUUUUUGGCUCUUUAACUUGCUUUUAUAAUAACUUCUGCACACUGCGCAUGAAAACUGCUGCAGCUAAUUGAUUAAAUCAUCACACACCCACUAAAUGAAAACCUCCUUGACUGUGCAGAAGCUCCUGCUGUUUGUGGCGAGGUUGCCAGCAACGUGUAUGUAUAUGUGUGUAUAUAUAUAUACAGUAUAUAUACUGAUGAGGCAGUGGUUGGUUUCCCCUCUUCUGUCUGUAUUGUGCUGUGCUGUUCUCCUGUGUUUCUCUAGUGCUGUUAUCAUCGAGACUUUACUGAUUUCAUUUGACCACUUAUUUGUUUCCCCCCUCUAAUAUCUGUUUGAAUUUGGCUUUGACAUGAUCAACGUUUGUUAAAAAUCACAGUUAGAAAAAGGAAAAACAAACACAAAUUUGAUCACCGCCCUCGAGUUGAGACCUGACUGUAAAUGCUUUUUUUGUUCUCGGAGGAACUGCAAAAGUCUUUUACACUUUCUUUUUUUUAUAUAUAUAUUUAUAGUCUCUAAAGCAGGGUUUGGGCAGGUGUAGAGGAUUCACAUGUAAAGAAUUUCCAAUAAAGGCCAUGGACGAAGACCGUAGUUCUCCCUGUUUUAUUUGUGUUGAGCUGAUGAGCAUCCCCGGGUUGGACGGACACACAUCACUGCCAUCUGUAAACCUUUGUGAAGAGACAAUAAACGGGGAGGAAAACGGGUUAGCCGUGACCGCCGACUGAUGUCUAACUUUACUUUUUAAUAAAAUAUCAAACAGUU